AUGAAUAGGCAUAUAAGAACCGUUCCUGUGGCAUAUGUUGACAUUCUCUUGCCGUCUAUUGGCAACGAGCAGAAAACUUCAUGGCAAGUGGACUCCCUAAAGGAGCCAUAUGACUACGAUUCGAUUAUGCACUACGCCCAGUGGAUCUAUCAAAAUGGCAAAAUGACUGAACAGGUAAGGCCUAAGGACCCGAACGCCAAAAUUGGGCAGAGGAAGAAGCUCAGUGAGGGUGAUAUCAAACAGGCAAACAAGCUGUACAGCUGCCCUUCCUGUGGACGAACACUUCUGCAAUCCUCCGAUAAAUUUUCAUCUCCAGAGUUGCCUCUGGGGACUGCAAUCGUCUGCAAGUGGAGGAUUUUAGCAAAACCUAAGGAGCGUAUCGUCUUAAAUUUCAUUCGAUUUCAUGUGCGUCCAACUGGUGGGCAGUCUCUGGUGGACGCUUUCCAAACCUGCACGGACACAUAUGUGGAGGUGCAUGAUGGAUACGAGGGCAACUCAAAAUCACUUGGUGUGUAA